UCUCGUCCGUCUGGCUGGACGAACAGAACUCAAGCAAGUAUCUACACACAAUGUUUUGCAAGAUAACCAUAUUAGUGGCUGUCCUGGCAGUGGCUUUGGCUAUUUAUCUGUUACCAUCUCCAAUAGACCCCAAACCACAUAUAUUGAAAGGCCCUCCUCCUGCUCUCGAGGGCCCCCUGGCGGUGAACACCCGUCUGCAGAAUGGGUACAGGUUAUUCACAGGGAAACUCCAUGGACCAGAAUCCUUCGCAGCUGAUGAACAAGGUAAUGUGUAUACUGGCACUGUAGAUGGGAAGCUGUGGAGGAUCGGUCCUGAUGACAGCCUGACCCUUAUCACGCACAUGGGACAAAAUCUAGAAGAAUGUGGCAGUUCUCCAGAGUUUGAACCUCUGUGUGGCCGUCCCCAUGGUAUUCGCUUGAAUGGUGAUGGCGAGCUGAUUGUUGCAGACUCGUAUUUAGGGCUGUUUAGUGUGAACACUCAGAGUGGAGAGAAGACUCAGCUCUUGUCUAACUCCCAAGGUGCAAAUGGAGUUCCCUUUGCUUUUUUAAAUGGCCUAGAAAUUUCUUCUAAAACUGGUAUUAUCUAUUUUACUGAUUCGUCAAGUCGCUGGGGCCGCAGACAUGUCAAACUAGAAGUGAUUGAACUGAACAACCUUGGUCGUCUACUCUCCUAUGAUCCUCAAACGAGACAGGUGCGUGUCCUGCUUGACCUUCUCUUCAUGCCCAAUGGGAUUGCCCUGUCUCCAGAGGAGGACUUCCUGCUGUUUGCAGAGACCAGCAUUGGACGUAUUAUGAGAUAUUGGCUGAAAGGAGACAAGGCUGGUACCAAGGAGGUAGUCAUGGAUAACAUGAUUGGUUACCCCGACAAUAUCCGCCUUAGCGACCAUGGGACAUUCCUUGUUGGCAUAACAACUCCUCGCUUCAGGAAGUUCAUGCCUCCCUUCCUGGACCUGAUUGCUCCAUACCCGACCAUCAAGCGCUUCCUGGCUAAAGUCGUUCCUUUGACCUGGUAUAAUAUUCUGUUGCCCCGGUACGCUCUUGUCCUGGAGCUGGGAAUGGACGGGAACCUUUUGGGAAGUCAUCAUGAUCCCGAGGGCAGACUGACGUGGGCCAUCAGUGAAGUUUUUCAGCACAGGGGCAGAACGUACCUGGGGAACACUGAGCUACCCUUUCUGCCUGUGCUGCUGACAUGGGAGCAUAGCUGAUAGAUGCCAAACAUAGGACUAAAGCUACACAGACUAAUACAAAAUAGACUAAAGGUAAAAGGACUAAAGUACACUUGAGAUUACCCACUUUUCAGUCUCUGGAAUGUCCCUAAUUAGACAGAAUACCAGAUGUCCUCGUGGAUGGGGCAGAGCUCAUACUGUUUCUACAAAGGGCUAAGACGGUGUUAUAAGGUCGUCCAGGAGGGUUUUAUUGAAACCUUGUUUUAUUGCCUUGAUUUAAGCCUUGUGGUUGCUGUUUAUGACUAUGAGACUAUGGGGGAACAUUGACCAUCAUAUCGAGUUUUGUAAGUUAAUUUUAAUUUCAGCUAUUUUACUGCAAACAUUUUUUCAUUUUAACUAAUGGAAGCACUAUUUGUAUAAAUAAACUGACAUUUUACUAUUUGGUAUAAAUAAUUUAUAGCAAUGAGAAGUAUUACAUUUGAAAGCUUAUUUUAUUCUUGAAGGGCUAAGGGUAUAGCUUGGCAACAAUGGGCCCCAACUCCCUCAUAAUAGGGCUGAUGAUUUUGAAAUAGAAUGUAAACUGAUACAUUGUCAUUUA